AUGGCCGAAGCAGAGGAACGCGAGGCAACUUCAGUCGGGAUACUGCAGGAGAUUUUUACGUCCCCUUUGAACCUAACCCUCCUGGCAUUGUGUCUGUACCUUCUGUACAAAAUCUUCCGCGGGGACAAGCCGCAGGAGCUGGACGAGGCGGAACAGCCAUUACCCAAACUGAAGAAAAGAGACUUCACCCUGGAAGAGUUGAAGCCUUACGAUGGCGUGCAGAGUCCGAGAAUCCUCAUGGCUGUCAAUGGAAAAGUCUUCGACGUGACUAGGGGCAAAAAGUUCUACGGACCGGACGGGCCGUACGGCGUGUUUGCCGGCAGGGACGCGUCCCGAGGCCUGGCGACGUUCUGCUUGGGUGAGGAAGCCCUGAAAGACGAACACGACGACUUGUCCGACUUGAACGCCGCGCAGCAGGAGAGCCUCUCCGAGUGGGAGGCGCAGUUCACCUUUAAAUACGACUUCAUUGGGAAGCUGUUGAAGCCCGGAGAGGAGCCAACGGAGUACACAGACGAUGAGGAAGGGAAGGACAAGAAAGCAGACUAA